AAGUUAUAGACGAGGUCACUGUUUUAGGAAGUUCUUAGUUACGCGUUGUUAACGUUCAUUAAGUUUAAUAAUAGACGAGGGGUUUUCUUCCAGGGGGCGCUCGGUGGCCCAUUUGUUCACUUUCGCAUCUUCCCACAUUGGUCGUCCAUGAGCAGUGGCUCGUUCAUCGAACACAGAUUGAAUCGAUCGUUACACAUCGAGCGCAGAUUGAAUCGAUCAGUUCUGCAGCAUGGCGGAGGACAAGGAUCCGGUGACCCGGCUGAAGGAUCUGACACAGCUCAGAGAUCAGCUGGAGGACAUUCAGAAGAAGGUGGAGAAUGAAGUUCAGGCCGGAAUCCCACAGGGUGGAUCAUUACUAGCGUCUCCAUUCCUGAAAGGAUUCCUGGCAGGGUAUGUGGUUUCCAGGCUGCGUUCUUCUGCCAUCUUGGGAGUAGCUUUAGGAACCCUCACAGGAAUCUACGCUGCUCAAAUUUAUCAGGUGCCCAACAUUGAGGAGACCAUACAAGACGUUCUGAGCUCUCUGAAGAAAGGACCCGGUAAUUAACAGUGGACUAC